ACUGUAGCUGGCACAAAUUACAGAAUCAAGUUCAAGACUACGGAAUCGACUUGCCCCAUUACGGGUGCUUACGACAAGGCUACAUGUCCGCCAAAGUCCCCACAGAUAAACAAGGACGUCUGCACUGCCGCGAUCACUGAUGUUCCUUGGACGAAGGUGCGCGAACUUACCUCAUUCACCUGCGAAGGAUCAACUGACUUCCACAAAGCGUGAAUAGUCUUUCGGAUUGCUGUCACUGUGGUUAAUAACAUAACAAUUUGCACAGCAAUUGUUGACAGAAACCUAAUAAACAGGUAUUAGUAAUUGUCGCCACCCA